AGUGUGCCUAUAAAUGCAUGGUGGUCAAAACUCUCAAUGUUUUAAGAUUAGUCUGUUUUUUCCCCUGGUUAUCUGUUAAGCUCUCAGAAUGUUUCAGCCUCUGCUUUUCAUAGUCUUGUGUGGUUUGCCAGUUACUAGUUCAAACAUGGAUCAUCACUGGGAGCUGUGGAAGAAGACCCACAGCAAGGUUUAUUCUCAUCAGGUUGAAGAGUGGGGUCGACGGCGGAUAUGGGAGGAAAACCUGGAAAUGAUUGGUCUCCAUAACCUGGAAGCAUCCCUGGGUCUGCAUACCUAUGAGUUGGCAAUGAAUCACUUGGGAGAUCUGACCACUGAGGAGGUCAUCGGUGUGUUCUCAGGCACAUUUGUACCAUCUGACCAAGAGAGGGUUCCUUAUGAAUUAAUUAAUCUUAACAUGACCCUGCCAGCCUCACUGGACUGGAGAGAUGAAGGGUUUGUAACUCCAGUCAAAACCCAGGGUUCUUGUGGCUCUUGUUGGGCAUUUAGUGCAACAGGAGCCCUUGAGGGGCAGCUGAAGAAGUCUACAGGUGUCUUGGUGUCCCUUAGUUCACAGAAUCUGGUGGACUGCUCCACAAAAUAUGGCAACUAUGGGUGUAAGGGUGGCUUCAUGGCAAACGCUUUCCAGUAUGUCAUUAAAAACAAUGGAAUCAGCUCUGAUGAUGCUUAUCCAUAUGUAGGAAAGCAUGAUGAAUGCAAGUACCAGCCAAAGCAUCGGGCUGCUACCUGCUCAGGAUAUGGCUUUUUACCAAAGGGGGAUGAAACUGUAUUGAAAAUGGGCUUGGCUACCAUCGGCCCAAUCUCAGUUGCAAUUGAUGCAUCCAGGCCAAAGUUUCUCUUUUACCGUCACGGUGUGUAUCGGGACCAUACAUGUACCCACAAUGUGAACCAUGGCAUGCUGCUUGUGGGAUAUGGCACUGAAAGAGGAGAAGACUACUGGCUAGUCAAAAACAGUUGGGGUAAACACUUUGGAGAUGAAGGCUACAUCAAAAUGGCUCGAAACAGAAGCAACCAAUGUGGCAUCGCGCUCUAUGCUUGUUUUCCCAUUAUGUGAGCAAGACGUCUGUGUGGGGUUUUGUUUGGUUUUUUUGGGGGGGUACAUUUUUUAUAAACAUUGUUUAUUGGGGGAGAAUAUAUGAAAAAGGUAAACGGUAAAUAAACUCUAGUUAUUGUCUCUUUAAAUUUUUUUUAAUUUCUAUGCUACAUGUCAAGCAGAAGUGUCGAGUUUAUGAAGCUCGGUGAACGCCUGAACAUAUUGUGCUGCAUUGGUGAAUUAAAACUGAACAUUCAGUAA